AAAUGAAUGUCAAAAAUUUAUAAUGGGAAUAACAAUUAGAAAAAUCAAGGUUGAGUAAUUAAUAAUUAGAAUUUUGUUAAUGGUUUACUUUGAGUUAUUUGCAUGAAAAUGAACCAGAAUCAUUUUUAACAAGGUGCAGAAAUAUGUUGAAUGGAAAAUUUUAUAUUUAUUUAGAUAAAAGAUCAAAAACUUAUAAAUAAUUAUCUGAGAAAGUAGCAUUAUUGUGGCAUUUUCCAUUAUCAAAAGAAAUCUACUAAAUCAAAGGAAUUUAAGAAUCAUUAAAUGAAAAUAUUGAAUAUCAUUGGAAUAUAAUCGAUAAAGAAGAAAAGAAAGGUUUCCAUACUAAGCAUCCUGAUUAAAUAUUAGAUUAAAUAGCUGAAAAACAUUUAACUGAUGUAGAAAAAUUCAAUAUGUAAGAUAAGAGCAAUUUAUCUGAAAAUUUUAAAGUUUUAACAAUAUCUCCCUUUGAUAUUAUUUUAACAAAAUAAACUAUGCCAUAAGUGAUUGCAGAUUCAAGAACGAAAUUCGAAUCUAUUUUUCGACCUUAUAAGGAAUAAUAAAAGAUCCAUUAUUAUCUCAAAGACAAUGAAUGGAUAGUUAAUCAAAUUAUAUGA